AUGACCUCUAAACUUUUACCAUUCACUCUUCGGCAAUGCCGCCAAUCCUUUCGACACAUUCCCGUGCGACAGUGUCGUCAAUUCACUGCUGCUACCCCAGUUCUCAGCGACAUUCUGGCAGUACACCGAAACACGCCAGAGAACAACCCUAGUAUCCCCUUCAAAUUCUCCGAACAAAAUCUCAAAGUGAUCGAUGAAAUCCUCAAAAGAUAUCCCCCACAAUACAAAAAGGCUGCUGUUAUGCCACUUUUGGAUCUCGGUCAACGACAGCUGGGCUGGACAAGCAUUAGUGUGAUGAACGAGGUCGCGCGGAUCCUGGAGAUGCCUCCGAUGCGAGUCUACGAAGUUGCCACAUUCUAUACGAUGUAUAACCGGGAACCUGUGGGAAAAUACUUCGUUCAAAUUUGCACCACUACCCCGUGCCAACUUGGCGGCUGCGGAAGCGACAAAAUCGUGGAAGCCAUCACAAAACACCUCGGGGUCUCUUCCCAUGGCCAGACAACACCGGAUAAGCUCUUCACUGUCCUGGAAGUUGAAUGCCUGGGUGCCUGCGUUAACGCGCCAAUGGUCCAAAUCAACGACGACUACUACGAAGAUCUUACUCCCGAAACCGCCGUUCAAUUACUCAAUGCUCUCAAGGAGUCCGCUCUAGCCGGAGAGAGUGGGAAGAAGGUCAAUAUCCCCUCUCCGGGACCGAUGAGUGGAAGAGAAUCCUGUGAGAAUAGCGCUGGAUUGACUAGCUUGACGAGCCCGCUGUGGAGCACGGAGACGCUGAGAAAGGACGGGGAGUUAUAG